AUGUGCGGAGACCGCGAAUGUGAAGUUUCAACAGGUCUAUGUCACGAAUGUCAAAGUGGUUACCACGGUGAGAAGUGUACAGAGAGGUGCCCUCCAAACUGUGACGAUUCUGGAUGCAAUCGGUAUGACAGUUCCUGUAAUCAUUGUAAGCCACAGUGGUUUGUAGAAAGAAAGCAAUGUUCCUGCAGUGGUCAUUGUAAUGACCAUGGUUGUAACACGGAUUCCGGAAUUUGCAUAAACUGCGAUCGCGGAUGGUAUGGGACAAAAUGUAAACGUUCCUGUCCGAUAAACUGUAAUUCUAAAGGAUGUGCGCGAGAGACAGGAUUUUGCCAUGAGUGCAAGGCUGGAUUCUUUGGAAAUAGAUGUAAAUGUACUGGUCAUUGUGACUCUAACGGAUGCGACAGAGAUGGUCGCUGUGUUGCUUGUGAUGGUGGUUAUUCUGGAGAUCUAGAUGGUGCUGUAAUUGCUUAA